GAGUGCUGUGCAUCGGUGUGCUGAAAGAUGUAAAGAUGGCGGAGCUACAGAUGCUCUUGGAAGAGGAGAUUCCAGCUGGUCGGAGAGCUUUGCUGGACAGUUUUACUAAUCUCGAAAGGGUUGCGGAUUACUGUGAGAACAACUAUAUACAGUCGGUGGAUAAGCACACCGCCCUAGAAGAAACCAAAAACUACACCACUCAGUCCCUGGCCAGUGUGGCCUACCUGAUCAACACCUUAGCCAACAAUGUCUUGCAAAUGCUGGACAUCCAGGCCUCCCAGCUGCGGCGCAUGGAGUCCUCCAUCAACCACAUUUCACAGACAGUGGACAUCCACAAAGAGAAGGUGGCCAGGCGGGAGAUUGGCAUCUUGACCACCAAUAAGAACACUUCCCGCACACACAAGAUCAUCGCUCCAGCCAAUCCGGAGAGGCCGGUCCGCUACAUUCGCAAGCCGGUGGACUACAGCGUGCUGGAUGACAUCGGUCAUGGGGUGAAGUGGUUACUUAGGUUCAAGGUCAGUGCCCAGAACAUGAAGAUGGGCGGUCUUCCCCGGACCACCCCGCCCACCCAGAAGCCUCCGAGCCCUCCGGUGUCAGGGAAAGGAACCAUUGGGAGGCACUCCCCCUAUAGGACGCUCGAGCCAGUGCGCCCCCCGGUGGUCCCUAACGACUAUGUCCCCAGCCCCACACGCAGCGCCGUGUCGGUUAACCAGAGGAACCGCACGUACAGCAGCGGCAGCAGCGGCGGGAGCCACCCCAGCAGCCGCAGCAGCAGCCGCGAGAACAGCGGGAGCGGGAGCAUCGGCGUGCCCAUCGCCGUGCCGACGCCCUCCCCGCCCAGCUCUUUCCCAGCCUCUGCCACUGGGGUGGCAGGUACCCCCCCGGCCCAGCCCAACCAUGCUCCACCCCCCUCCUCUGCUUCCUCUACUUCCGCUCCCUCUACCCUGCCCAAAGCUCCCCCUCCAGCCCCUGACCCUUCACAAACCCCACCGGCCGAGGCCCAGCCGGCUCCCGCCAACCCUCCCCUUUCCUCUCUGCCCCCCUCACCUGCUGCUGCCACCACCACCACCUCUACCACUACUGCCACCCCUGCACCAGGCACAGCUCCUCAGUUCUACAGUAUGAAUCGUCCGGGGUCCCGGAACAACCCAUCUACAGUUGGGGGGUCCCUUCCGUACCGCCGCCCCCCCUCUGUGACGGGCCAGCCCAACUUCCCUCAGAAUCAGCUCAAUGGAGGACCUUACUACAACCAGAGCCAAGCCUCGCUCGUCCCCCCUCCCCCCUCCGUCCUGCAGGCCACUCCGCAGCUCCCUCUGAUGGGCUUUGUGGCUCGGGUUCAGGAGACCAUUUCGGAUGCUUCCCCUCCCCCGCCCCCCGAGGAAGAGGCGCCUUUCGAGGAGCCGAACCCGCCGCCCCCGCCUCCGGAGGAGUUUGAGGACGAGGAGUCUGCGGUGGUGGAGUACAGCGACCCUUACGCCGAGGAGGACCCCCCGUGGGCGCCUCGCACGUACCUGGAGAAAGUGGUGGCGAUCUACGACUACGCGAGGGACAAGGAGGACGAGCUGUCCUUCCAGGAGGGCGCCAUCAUCUACGUGAUCAAGAAGAACGACGACGGCUGGUACGAAGGUGUGAUGAGCGGAACCACGGGCCUGUUCCCCGGCAACUACGUGGAGUCCAUCAUGCACUACGCUGACUGAAGCCCAGAGGGCGCUCCCACCCCCUCCAGCUCCACACACCUACUAUACAUAUAUGUGUAUGUAUGUACGUGUGUGUGUAUAUAAGUAUAUACACACAUGCUUAAGAUAUAAGAUAUACAUAUAUUUAAGAUUUGUAUAAGUACAGUGGUGAGUAAAGUUUGGGAAGAGAGAGGUGUGAGAAGUGAAAACCAUCAAAUAAUGAUAAUUAUGUUUCAAAUGAAGUCUAUAGUUGUAAUAAAGCAAAAAAAACCCUUUGUAUAUCCUUAUGUUGAUAUGGGUUGAAGUGAGGUUCUGAAGUGAGUGUUUUAGCCCUUUUUUUUUUCUUUUUUUUUUGCAUUUGAGUUCUGUUAUGCAGGACGACUAUACUCUGCCAGCAUUUGGUUCUGCCUAUAGCUGGUGUGUUAUGGGGGGGUAAAUGCAAAGUGCGCAGGGUUUACAGAAAACAACAAAGAAGACAAUUGGGAGCAGGGAUUUGGAUCAGCGUGACAUUUGUGAAUAUGGCUUCAGUGUGACUCUACUCUAGUGGUAGAACAACAGCAACAUUGUGGGUAGGCCUUCGGAGACUCAUUGCAAUAGUUCAAUAGUUGAGAAUGACAGUAUGAAAAGCUAUUGUCGUAUCAAUUUAAUCUGACAUCGCAGACAUUCAGACUAAAAUGUGUGGGAUAUUCUCUUAAUCUGUCAGAUUAAAUGUAAUGUCAAGGCCUUAUUAACACGUGUGGAAUUCUUGGCUUGGUUGACGAGGAGUCUGCUUUAGUUAUGAAAGAGGAAGCUAAAGUGUGGGAGUAUUUCCAAUUUAACCCUUUUCUCCCCUGACUAUCUUCUAUCAGAAAUUGAGGCUUCAUUGUCUCGACAGUUCAUCAUAUUGAAAAUAAAUUUUAAAAGCGUAUCUAGAGUACACAGCCUAUUUGGACUGUGGUACAAUUUCUGUUCUUUUGGCUCUACUCCAUUGGAUUUGAAAUUAAAUGAACAAAUUAAUGAAUGUGAGGUUAAAGUGCAAUCCUUUAAUUUGAGGAUGUUUACAUCCAUAUCAGGUAAUCUGUGUAGGAAUUACACCCAUUUUUAUACAUAGUCCAUUUUAGGGGACCAAAAGUAAUCGGACAGUUGUUUCCAGUGUAUUCAAUCACUUCCUUAGUGCACGUAUAAGAGCUGAGGGCAUAAGAAAUGGAGGGAAUGUGUUAUAGAAAGGGAUGUAUUUCCUACCCGAUAUGGAUGGAAAUACCCUUAAAUGCACUUUAACCUCAUUCAUGGUUUCAAAUCCAAUGUGCUGGAGCACAGAGCCAAAAGAACGGAAAUUGUACCAGUGUCUAAAUACAACACUGAGACAUGCAAAUUAAAUACUUUCAUGUUUCAUAACAUCACAUUCUUAAGUCAUGUUAAUCUGGCAGAGUGGUCCUGGAUCACCCCAGAUUUACAGUAUACAGGAGGUCAGGGUCUGGUCUUAUAGCCGAUUGGAUUUUUCGUUCAAAGUUUCCCGGAAGAUGCCGUUAGUCUCCAGAUGGGUCCUGCGGUCGAGUAUUCCCACCCAAGUAAAGCAGAAAUGUGAAUUGCAUUGAGAAUGUGAUUCAGAUUGUAAUGGCCUUUUUCCCAGCCUCCCAAGUCGACCCAGGGGUCUUUUGUCUCUUUCUGAAGGGAUGGGUAUCUGUCAACCUUCACAAAUCCAGUAUGCAGUACUAAAUUAUGUAAAGUAUGUUGUUAGCUUUGAUGCUUAUUUUUGUACAUUUAUAAGGGUUUUCUUUUUGUUGUUUUCAUUUUUUUUUCUGGUUCAAAGCUAUCGUGUUGUGGAUUUCUCCAAAAUGACCAAUUCAUUUCGAGAUAAAUGAAUAUAGUGCUACAUACAGAGCAUGCUGAAAUAAAACGGAUAUUUCAAUUUUUUUGUUUUUUUCACCUGCUGACUUCACAUUGGUCGAUGUGUUAUGAAGCAGCUUUUCUUUUCAUCAUUAGUGGCUAGUGCUUGUACUAUUCAUGCAAAAAGAGUAUACAGUCUGAUAUUCAAGAUGUGAAGGAAUAUUUUGUGCCAUAUUGUAAUAUUGUUUCAUAUGUUUGUGAUACUUUGACCACAAGUCUUUUUUGUUCUGUUUGUUCUGAGUCCCAGUGUUCUGAGUCAGAAGUGGUUUGGAAUCAGUCAUUGGUCAACUGUAAUAUUAAUGGACACUUGCAUUUAAAAUAUUUAUAUGUACAUAUAUAUUUACAGAGAAUAUGGGAAAUUUACAGUAUACCUUCCCAGUAUUGUUUAUACAUGAAUUUGAGUUGGGAAAAUAAAAUAAAUGUUACAUUUCAUGUUGCAGAGGACUGUUUUGAUACCUAAGAUUUGAUCACUUUAAUAAUAAGACAGUUGAAGGAGAAUUAUAUUUCGCUCCAGUAAUUCUGGGGGGAAUGUUAUGGUUUGAAAGGUGUACAUUUGCAUUCUCAACUGAAAGCACACUCUUUUGUAGAAGUGACAAUUUAAGACGAUUCUGUGAAAUAUAAAAUAUAAAUUAGAAUUAAUUUAACUUAAAAUAUACCUUAAAAAUUAGUCUCCCCCCAAAUGGAAUACAUUGACUUUCCAUGCUGUAUCAAAUUUUUGCAUAUUUCAAAAAUAUACAUCAUAAGUUGUUACACAGACUGUAUGUGUGUGCAUACAUAUGCAUUUGCAUUUGUACGAUUAGAUGGAGCUUAGCCAUGUGCUGAGGGUGUAUUUCUGUAUUUCAACGAUUUUCCUGAGAGUGGGUCUAUUCUUGUGACUCUUGCAUGUUCUUAAUUUGUGGUUUUGCACCUAGUGAUCUCUGCAGCAGAGUGGCCAGAGCACUGUCUCAGCUGGACACCAGGCAGGGCUGCAAGCGCCUACCUCGUCCACACAGAUUGUAAAUGUGUGACCCUUGCCCUUUGACCCAGGGCUUGAGGGCAUAGGUCAAAGUAAUGGGCACAGAAACCAAUAUUUUGAGAUAAGUACAAUAAAAUGUUAUUGGAA